AUCCCCAUGUUAUUUCAACUUCUGGACGAUAGUCUGAUAAACACAAGCAAAAGAUUUUAAACGGCUUGGUUACUUGGCAUGGGAAGAUAUUUGCUGCGUCUGCCAAGCGUGAGUGGUAGAAGUUCAUUCGCAUAUUCCAUAACAACGUUCUCCAGUCUUCCCAAGCGAGUCAGAGGAGUGCUUAACUUUGGACACAUCAUGACCGAGAACAUGACUCUUGAAUUGGUCUCCACCGCCAAAUGCUUCGAAGGCGAGCAACGCGUCUAUCGCCACCGAUCCGGCACUUUAGAUUGCGAGAUGACCUUUGGCGUUUUCUUGCCGCCAGCAGCUCUGGAGGGCACACCAUGUCCGGUACUCUACUUCCUGAGUGGACUGACCUGCAGCCACGAGAACUUUAUCCAGAAGAGUGGCUUCCAGCAGCACGCCGCCCGUCACAAUCUGAUCGUUGUCAAUCCGGACACUUCGCCCAGAGGCGUGGAAAUCGCCGGACAGGAUGAUGCCUACGAUUUCGGCAGCGGUGCUGGGUUUUAUGUGGAUGCCAAGGAGGAGCCGUGGUCCAAGCACUACAAGAUGUACAGUUAUGUGACCCAGGAGUUGGUGGAUGUGGUCAAUGCCAAUCUGACCGUGGUUCCCGGCAGGCGUGGAAUAUUCGGUCACAGUAUGGGCGGACAUGGAGCCUUGAUAUGCUCCCUCAAAAAUCCUGGAUUGUACCAGUCUGUUUCGGCUUUCGCUCCGAUAGCCAAUCCCACGGAGUGCCCGUGGGGUCAAAAGGCCUUCGCUGGCUACUUGGGGUCCAAUCAGGCUGAUUGGGCACUGUGGGAUGCUACCCACCUGGUGUCACAGUACGAGAGUACGCCACAGGAACUCUUCAUUGAUCAAGGAGGGGCCGAUAACUUCCUAACUGGCAAACAGCUGCUGCCGGAGAACCUUUUGGCCGCCGCCGUAGGCAACGAUCAUAUCCAGACAAUCUUCAAGCAGCGCGAGGGAUAUGACCACAGUUACUUCUACAUCUCCACCUUCAUCGGCGAACACAUCGCCUACCACGCCGCCCUGCUCACCGCUCCUGCUUGAUGUAAUUAAUUUAAAAUUGAUGCCGUAUUUGCUUGUGCUUGUCUUUUGGUUUUUAUUCUACUAAAAAUCGAAUUUUAAUACAAAUCAAAAGUCAAUAAACCAAUCUGCAAAGAGUUUCUAAAACAAUAAAUUUAUUAAAAUUUAAAAA